AUUCCUGGAUGGAACCCCGAUCCCUCAGUUUUGCGCGUUGGCGACACAUACUACGUGGCGGUAUCUUCCUUUCUGAGUUACCCCCAAAUCCCGAUUUAUUCGUCCAGAGACUUGGCGAACUGGACAUUGGUAUCUCACGCUAUCAUUGACCCGUCUUACGUGCCAAUUCGGGGCGUAGCCACAUCCAUGGGGAUCUGGGCGCCAUCGCUUUCGUAUGUAAACAGCACUUUCUACAUCACAUCGAUGGCAAUGGAAGGCAACUCCAGCCCCCUGACGUACCCGCGCGUGUUCUGGGUCUCUUCACCUGAUAUCAUGGCAUGGUCUGCGCCUACCUGGGGCGAACCAUUUGGGAUCGAUCCGCAUCUUUUCUCGGAUCCAGUGUCUGGAAAGGACUAUUUGACUCUCAUGUCUCUCAACAAUGACUAUGAUCGGUUAUGGGGUAUCGGUCAAUGCGAGGUCGACCUGCAGACGGGCAAAUGCUUGGGUCCGUUUCGCAACAUCUGGAAUGGUACCCUGGAUGUCACGACAUCCACGCGUCCGGAGGGUCCCAAAAUUUUCUACAAGGAGCCCCACUACUAUCUUCUCAUCGCAGAGGGCGGGACGGGCAUCACGCAUCGUGCAUCGAUCGCGCGGUCGGACAAGCCCAUUGGGCCAUGGACAGCGUCGCCCUCAAACCCUCUCAUCUUCAAUGGAGCCAACACAAAUCUGACCAUUGGGGCGACUGGACAUGCAACAAUGGCCGACACGCCCGAUGGCAGAUGGUUCGCGACCUUGUUAGCCUACCGAUAUAUUGGAACAAACAGAUGGGCUAUAGGUCGCGAGACCUUCUUCUCCCCUGUAACUUGGGAGGACGGCUGGCCAACCAUGAACGAGGGAGAAAAGCUACUGCUGAGUCAAAGGUUUGAUUAUGGCCCAGAUCAAGAACGGCCACCACCGCCGCACGAAGACCAUUUCGAGGAGGAUGUGUUGGAUAUCAGUUGGUAUCAGCUCCGGUCACCUUAUACGCAGAAUUAUCGGAUGAGAUCCGCCUCGGCCGAGGAGUCAUUCUCCUUCGUAGCGAACAGUACUUCAGGUCUAGUCCUACUACCAAAUGCAUAUACUCUAAGCGAUCGCGAUACCCCCGCAGCUGUUCUACGAAAGCAAAAGUCCCUGAACAUGACAUUCACGGCGACGCUGCUGCCAAUUGUCGAGGGUUUGGGACCGUAUCAAUCUGUGGGAGUCACAGCGUAUGUGAGCGAAUUGAACCACCACGAUAUUGGGGUGAGAGGUUGUGCGAAUAGUACUGGCCUGUGCGUCUUCGUAGACUCGACGGUCGGCUCUGCUGGUCCAGGUACAAGGCCUGUGACUAUUGAAAGUGCUUUGAAUGUGUCAUCAAUUCCUACUGGACUUGACCUGGUCAUUUCCCCGAACCUCUUGACAUACAGCCUUGGAUACAGCAACGGCAAUGGGGCCGUAUUAUGGCUUAAAAGCUUUCCGUCCACCAAUCUACCACCAGGCUUCGACGGCGCCAUGUUCGGACUAUUUGCCAGUGGGAACGGUUUCCCAUGGCCCUUUGAUGCGCCGGAGGUGGGAUUCAGUAAAAUCCGCGAGGAGUAUUAUGCGGAUGAUCUGCCUGACUAUAUACAAUGAUUUUCUGAGUCGUCUCCCAUGUCGGCAUUUAUGUUAUAUUUCCUUGCUGGCUCCCGUUGCAGUGUCCUCACCUGGGACACCGAAGGCACCAGAGCUUUUCUGGCUAUUCGAG